CGCCUUCCUUUCCAUCACCAACACAAUCAUCAUUUUCUCAAAUCAUCUGCUGAGGGAAAUUGCUUCAGAGCUAUGGCGGAUGGGACUAAGGCCGUCUUUUCAGCUCUUGAUGGUGCUAAGACCCAACUCUACCAUUUCAAGGCAAUAGUUAUUGCAGGUAUGGGAUUCUUCACUGAUGCUUAUGAUCUCUUCUGCAUCACUGCUGUUACCAAGCUCCUAGGUCGCCUAUACUACUAUGAUCCUGUCAAAGGAAAGCCUGGUAAGCUGCCAGACGACAUCAACAAUGCUAUUACUGGAGUUGCUUUAUGUGGAACUUUAGUUGGGCAGCUCUUCUUUGGGUGGCUGGGAGAUAAGCUCGGUAGGAAGAAAGUUUAUGGGAUAACUCUAGUUACUAUGGUGGGUUGUGCCUUGGCCUCUGGCCUUUCCUUCGGCGCCACAGCCCACAGUGUGGUUGCUACUCUUUGCUUCUUCCGCUUUUGGCUUGGUUUUGGUAUUGGAGGGGAUUAUCCACUUUCUGCUGUGAUUAUGUCAGAAUAUGCCAACCAAAAAACUCGAGGAGCUUUUAUUGCUGCUGUGUUCGCAAUGCAAGGAAUGGGAAUAUUGUUUGCUGGAGCUAUAUCCACAGUGGUGUCGAAAAUAUUCAUGCAUUAUUUCGACGCUCCUGCAUUUAGUAAAAAUCCGAUCCUAUCGACUCAGCCUCAAGCAGAUCUUGCAUGGCGGAUUGUGCUCAUGCUUGGUGCAAUUCCUGCAGCUUUGACCUUUUACUGGAGGAUGAAAAUGCCUGAAACUGCUAGAUAUACUGCCUUGGUUCAGGGUAACCACAAGAAGGCUGCUGCAGAUAUGGCAAGAGUGCUUGAAAAAGACAUUUACAUCGAAGAAGGAAGUUCCAAGCCUUCCGCUGCAGCUGAUCCCUCCACUUCUUAUGGGUUAUUCUCUUCUGAGUUCUUUAAUAGGCAUGGUGUUCAUCUUCUAGGUACAACUACUACCUGGUUCUUAUUAGAUAUCGCCUUCUACAGUCUCCAGUUGACCCAGAAAGAUAUCUACCCAGCAAGUGGAUUGAUAAAUAAGGCCUCGUCAAUGAAUGCAUUAGAAGAAAUGUACCAUCUCUCUAAAGCAAUGUCCAUAAUUGCACUCGUUGCAACUGUUCCUGGAUACUGGUUCACUGUCUUCUUAAUCGACAAGAUUGGAAGGUACAUAAUCCAACUUGGGGGCUUCCUCCUCAUGUCCAUUUGCAUGGCGAUUCUAGGAAUCCAAUAUGGAAAUCUUAGAGGAGAGAAAAACAAGUGCGGGCCAAAUUCCCAAAAGGAUUUCUGUGAUGGCAAUCCCAUAUUAUUUGUGGUUCUCUAUGGGCUUACCCUUUUCUUUGCCAACUUUGGACCCAACAGCACAACAUUCAUAGUUCCAGCAGAGUUGUUCCCUGCAAGAUUUCGCUCAACCUGUCAUGGUCUCUCAGCAGCGGCAGGAAAAGGUGGUGCUAUAAUAGGUGCAUUUGUUGUACAGACCUACACACUGGAUGGAGAUUCAAAACAAAUCAAGAAGGCAAUCAUUGGACUCGCUGUGGUAAACUUGAUUGGGUUUUUCUUCUCUUUCUUGGUGCCUGAAACGAAAGGUAGGUCCCUUGAGGAAAUCUCUGGAGAAGACAAGGAACUGGAUCGUGCAAAUGAGAAUGAUAGAAACUAUAAUGGUGGUACUGAGAUGAUUUAAUUCUGAUGAGUUCUCAUUCCCUGUUCAACAGAAUCAUAAACUAUUUAGCAGGUAUGUAUCAAUAACAAAUAAAGAAUAAAGCCCUUCUUUUUUCUAGAUCUUCUCUCUUCACAAAUAUAUAGAUUGAGGAUGGGAAAAGAGGCUAUUUUGCAUAGUCGUCGGCGGCAUUGUUGAAAUCCUCUCUAAAAUUGUGAAGUAGAAAGUUGUGAGUCUAAACCAAACCAGAAAAAGAAAAUAACCAAAAAAAAAAAAAAAAAAAGAAAAAAAAAAGUUCUACAUUUAUGGGCUUGCUCUUUAUUUCUUCUUGCACUUGUAGUUGGUGCUUGCAGUUUGUAAUAAACUUUGUUAAUGAAUAUUAUUAUUAUUAUUAUUUUAUUUUAA